AUGUCAGGAGAAACUACCUUUAUUACUUAAGAAAAAUACUAAACUUUAGAAUAAAAAUUCAAAGACAGUUAAGUUGAAAUAAAAUAAAUGUCACAACUAUUUGAAAGAUAUAGAUAAGAAACUGAAUAAAUGGAAAAAGUUUAAUUAUAACAAGUAGAAAUGUUAGAAUAAUAAUUAGAAAAAUCUUCAUUAGAGAAGGAAUAUUUAAUGUUAACACUAAAAAAGGAACUUUAAUUAAUUACUUUAGAAACAUAGAAAAUAAUAAACGAAAAAAAUGAUGAAACAUAAUAAUUAAGAACCGAAUUAGAAAAAAAAGCCUAACUAUUAAAAAGUAUUAUUUAAGACGAGAGUAGUUAAGAUAAUUAAAAUUAAGAAAUUUAAAAUAAAGAAAAUUUAAAUGAAGAAGAUAAAGAUAAAAUCAUCUAAAAUCUAAAAAAGUAAUUGCUUUCGAAAAACGUUAAUAUUUAAGAACUAGUUUAAGACAUUUAAAAAAACGAGAAAUUAAUUAAUGAGCAAAAGUCUAUGUUUGAAAAAUUCUAAAAAGAAAUAUUGGGUAAAAGUCAAGAAAGAGAUAGUAAAAUUAUUUUAAUGUAAGAGAAAUAAAUUGAGUCUUUAAAAAAAUCCAUUUAUGCAAAAGAUGAAUAUAUUAAGAGUCUUGAAGAAAUUCCAAAUUGUUAAAAUGAAGAAGUUGAAUUAAUGAGAGAAUUAAUUAGUUAAUAAUAAGAAAAAUUAGUUAAAAUUACUAAUAAUUUUGAAAUGUAUAGAAAAGAAUCUGAAACAUUGUUUGCUGAAUAAAUUAAUUUAAGGGAUUUACAAAUCAAAAAUCUUUAAAUGAAAUUGGAUAUUUAUUAAAAGUACGAUGAUGAAUUUGCCUAAGAAGAAAAAGAAGCUUAAGAAGAAAAAGAUGCUU